CGGAAAACAGCUGUUCGGACUCAUAAUUUUUUUUGUAAAAAGUUAUUUAGGAAAAACUACAACAAAACGUUGUUUAAGUGCACCAUGACCCGGGCUGCGGGCUUCGCGUAAUCCGUAGUUCGCCCGGAUCCGCGUAUCACGAUGAAUUUGCGGCCACGAUGCCGCAAGUGGCUGCCACUGGCCACCCAGCAACUGCGACUGCGGAACCUGGCGCGAAUUCAGGGAUUCAAUAUAGUGUCCGGACCGCAGGAAAAGUCAUUGGAGCAGGUGGAGCCAGAGGAUGUGCUUCUCUACUACACUCUGCACACGGACAAGGACAGCGGGGCGUUCUACACAAGUGAAAAGCUGCCGCAGCGCCACCAGCAGCAAAAGUGGGCGGAGAUCUGUGCAGAUGACGAGGCCUGGCGGAAAACCAAUGCGCAGUGUGUGUGCGUCAAGGUGUGGAAGCACUAUCCGGCGGAGCGGAGGGAUGGCCAACCGGCUGAGACUGACCAAAGGACUAAGGAGAUGCACGGAAGGUCACAUCUUACGCCCAGCCGGCUGCCACGCCCACCGGAAUUACUCUUUAGCUGGGGCGUCUACUUCUCCGGCCUCAUACCACUGUCACCCCUCACUCUGUCCCAGUGUGGACGGAAUUGCCUGGUUUUCCAGCUCAAUGGCGAGCAGUUUGCCUCCCCGUCGACGAUAAGCGAACAGGGUUUGCAGUCGCAGCUGCAUUUGCACUACCAGAACUACGCAGCGGAUGAAGAGCUGGAGGAGCCGCAGGAUGAGGGUAUCAACUCGCCGGCCGUCAGCCGGAGUUCCAGUCCCGUGCUGCGGAUGAGUACGAUGCGUUAUGCCCAGCUGAAGUGCCAACAGCAGGAGAUCCGGCGCAGCAACAACCUGGACAAGCUGCUCAUGCUGCAACGUCUGCAGCGUUUGCAUCAGCAGAAGAUGCGUCAAAUGGCCGAGGUUUGCCGGGAAAUCGCCCGUCUCAGUGUGCACUGUGUGACCAGGAAUGAGCUGCGCCUGAAGCCUCGCACCACAUCGUUGUCCGGCGACCACUCCGCCCAUCAUCACCAUUCCAUGGGCCGCGCCCUAAGCGUGUUGCUCGCCGAGCAGCAGCUGAUCGCGCCCCUUACGCUUUACAAUGCCCAGCAGCUAACCAGAAGAAUCGAAGCGCUAAGCAGCCAGCAACGACUGCUAAAAGCGGAACGGGAGACAUUUCGGCAGCGCAACGAUCGGGCCCGACAACGCCUGGAAGAGAUGCGAGAAGAGCGCGAGGCACUGCAGCAGCAGCUCCACAGCCAGCGACAUCGACUGGAGCAAGAACGCCUGGAGCUGCGCACCCUGUCACCCCAACAGCUGGAACAGCGUGAUCAAAGAAGACAAAUAGUGCGACAGGUGGAGCGGAGGAUGUCCACCCUGGUCUUGGAGCUGCAGGAGAUCUACAACAUCCAGAAUGUGGGCGGACAACAGUUCAGCAUCUGCGGCAUCGCCUUCCCCCACAUGGAGCAAUAUACAAGCGAUUCACGCCAGGCGGCCAAUGCACAGCUGCUGGAAAACGUCUCACCGCUGGCGGUGAGUGCAGCCCUGGGCUACAUUGCCCACAUGGUGCAGAUGUUGGCCAUCAUUAUGGAUCGUCCGCUGAGGAACCGAAUUCUGUAUGAGCCUUCGAGGGCAAGGAUUGUGGACGAUAUCAAGGAGUUGACCUACACCACCAGAGAAUUCCCUCUGUACACACGCUCUAUUUUGCCGUCGCAGCAGACCAAGUAUGCAAUCUACCUGCUGCGCCAAAACGUCUCUCAGCUGUGCUUCGACAUCACCGGUCACUGCGAUCUGCGAAACACCUUUGGCAAUCUGCUGGACCUUUUCCGCACUCUUCGCUACAUCGAACGGUCGCAAAGGGAUGAGGUCGACGAGAGGGAUGGAAAGGCAAGAGGAGCCGGCAGUGGAGAAGCACGCUUGGCCAACGGGCUGACUGCACCGCACUUGUCGCAGUCGCACUCGUCGGUGGACAUGAACCACGUGCCAUUGCCGACAAGCGUCAAUGCGGUCAAGGAUGCACUGCUCCAGCAGCUGUUGCCGCCCGGAGUGAGUCAAGCCCUGGCCAUCGAGGGCUAUGCGUCAACUCAACGCAUCUGUCGGUCGGUGGGCUCCUAUUCGGAUGGCGAGGACGAGUUUCGACCCCGACUGGAGCACAACUAUUCCAACUCGGACUCGAACAUAACGCUGCAGACGGAGCGUAGCUGAGCAAGUGUAUUAUGGUAGCGUAUUGAUCAAAUGUCCACGAACACGGCAGCCUGACAAAGGUGGCUCCUCCUGAGUGGUUAAUUCGGAUUGGUCGCGUAUUAGUUGGAAAUCAUUUGUAUACUUUUAAAUUAUCAAAGUCAAUGGUAAGGCAUAUGCUUAACGCUAACCAUUGCGGGCAUAUUAUUUUUAGCUGUUUAAGAUCUCUGUGUAAAUUCCCGUUUAUUGUUUGUUUGCUAAUGUAAGCUACGAAUAAACAAUUACUAUUUUAUACAAGCCAAA